UAACCUAACCUAAUUUAACCCAUAUUGAACCCAUAAAUCAUAAAGUCAACCAUAUUGUAUUCGCAGCACGAACUAAGAAUACCUAGCAGCUUAGGUUGUGUUUUAAAGCAUGGUUUAGUGAUAACGAUUUCCCUCCAUCGGCCGAAGUCCGAACUUAACACGUUUAGUUUUGUUCGGCUGUCAGCGUAAUGCGUUGAGCGUCAAAAAGAGAUUACAGGCGUUGUAUGUAUUAUAAGUGUUGUUUACCGUUGUUGUUUCCGUAAUUGAUCGUUAACUACUUGGAAAAAUAACAUGCCGGCACUUAGCAUGGUAUCCAAAAACAAAGGCUUCGGUUUUUCGGCUGCCGAUAUUGUAGUUCGCUGUUAAAUUUCAUAUAUUAUGUAUUCAUUUUACAUUUACUGACUAUUAAUAUUGUUUUUGUUGAUGAUUUAAAAUCAUAUUAUAACAUAUGAACGUUUGCGGGUUAUUAUUGUAUCGAAAGGUUAAAUGAUACCGAUUGCUUUCAUUUUUUGAAUUUCAAAUCAAGUUAUCCGUGAACGAUUUCCUAAAUCGUCAUGAAUCGUACUAAGUUUCCGUGUUGCACCAGAUGCAAAAUGAACUAUUACGUUGGAGAAAUUAAUGGACCGAAAAUUCCUUUACUACUAAAAUGUGGCCAUGACAUGUGUCGCAAUUGUGUCAAAUUUUUAUCAAAAAGAAGUCCAGUAAUUACGUGCUGUAUUUGUGAGCAAGCACACAACUACAAUCUUGGAAAUUUGCCUGUGCACUAUUAUAAAAUCGGCCAAGUAUUUUGGUUAUCAUCUAAUAAACAAAUGGCCAUACACCGCAGUAUUUCUAAUUUGAAAAUGACUAAUUAUUGUCCCAGCAAAUCAUUGGAUUCCAAUUACAAAUUAUGUAAGAGUUGUCAUAAGUCUGCAAACUGCUUUUGUCGUCAGUGUGAUGAGGCGUUUUGCAAUUUGUGUUUCGACGAGAUUCACAUGGAAAGUAUGGCCACGUCUCAACAUAUACCGGAAACGUUAAAUAAAAUCAACAUACAACUUCCUCCAGAACCAAGGUGUGAACAACACAUGAAAAAUAUCGAGUUUGUUUGUAUUACUUGUCAAUUGGAAGUUUGCUCGGUGUGUGCGCUUGACAGCCAUAGACCGCACGACAUCAUUCAACUUGAAACUUAUAAUUCGUCUAAAGUGGAAAAUUUAAAUGAUUAUAUGUCAAAGGGAGAAUUAUUGCUCCGAAAACUCAUAAAUUGCCGUGAUAACUUCAACGUGGAAGUACAGGCGUUCCAGAAUAGCCGUACAAAAAAGAAAUACACUUCGGUUGACGAAAUCAAACACACCGUAUCGACUUACAUGUCUGUGGUGAUUGGCGCUUUACAGAAUAAAGAACAGUCACUUUUGGAUUUGUUGGACAAAUCUGAACAUGCCGACAUAAACUCGAUGAAUAAAAUCCUAAACCAACUCAACGGUUUAAUCGAUGAAUUGCAAAAAAAUUUGAUGUUAUUCGACCAGUCAAUAAAGCAGAAAAAUUUGUCGUCCUUUGUAUUGAAAAAUGCCAUCUUCGACAUUAAGAACAUGUUGGACACCAGUUAUUCGAUCGCAAAAAAAAACAAAGUCCAGCCUUCGAUUCAAAUGGAAGACAGUCUUUUCGAUUCAAUUCAAAAUUGUUUCACUAUCAACUUCGAUACGUCUGAUACUUACAUUUUCGGAUAUUCAACAGAGUUUCCGCCAGACUAUAAGAUAAAAACAACAAUCUGCAUAAGUGAUGACGAAUUAUCAAAGAGGCCGGUGUCGGUGUCGAGUGUUUCCACCGUUUCAGAUAGCGUUACCUCAGGGUCUUCCGACGUCAUUGCCCGUGAUCCAUUGCCUACUACCGUUACGCAUGAUUCGAUUGCCAUUAAAAUGAUUUCCAAGAAUGUCGUCGAGCCCGUAAUUGUGACUGCCGUCAACGCUCCGUCAGACUUUUAUCUUCAACUCCUGGCCAACAACGAUAUACUAUCAAUGAUCAAAGAAGAGCUGGCCAAGUACGCAAUCACAAAGCACAGAAAUGUAGAAAACAUCGAGAAGAAUUGUGUAGUGUAUUCCGUGUUGACUUCCCACAAAAAUUGGUGUCGUUGCAACGUAAUGAACAGCUAUGAAGAAGACGGACAAAUGUUGUACACAGUUCAUAGCAUCGAUUAUGGGUUCACGGAAACCGUUAAACAUGACAAAAUUCGAAAUGUUCCGUUCAAGGUAAAAUCGAUACCUCCGUUGGCUAUCCACUGUGCUCUCUAUGACUUGAAACCUAAUGUACAACUUGGAUGGUGCAACGAAGCAUACAAACUUUUUUGUGAACUGAUGUUUAACAAGUCUGGAACGUUUUACGUGUAUCCAAUGGAAACUCUGGGUGAAGUCAUAGAAGUAGACGUCGUUUGGAGAGAUAUGUAUCCAUUGUCCAUACGAGACGCGCUAUUCUUUUUGGGCUAUGGAUCAUUCAACUUCUAUGUAAACGAAGCUCUACACGACAAGCUAGUGAAUUUGAUCACAUUGCCGAAUGUCGUACUUAUGGAAAAAAAUGAAUCCCUCCCCAUUACAAUAACUCAUUUUGUGUCGCCGAGUGAAUUUUAUCUACGCGUUGCCGACAGUAGUACUGCUCUGCUGGACAACGUAAUGCAACGGCUACAGGACAUUUAUAAGCCCACAGAGGACGCAAUGCAUAAAAGCUAUUUACUGUACACUCCACAAAUCGGUAUGGCGGUGGCGGCUAAAUUCUCUAUCGACAAUACAUGGUACAGAGCCAAAAUUAUAGAAAUACCCGAAUCUCGUAUGGUAACCGUAUUUUAUGUUGACUUUGGUAAUAGCGAAACCCUGCCGUGGGACCAAUUGAGGGUACUUGACUCGAGUCUUAUAAAAAUAUCGCCGCAGGCACUAAAAGCUAAGUUGGCGGGACUCAUUCCGGCCCAUAAUGGUCUAGAAUGUAGUGAAUGGUCUCUAAAAGCGAACGCGGCCGUGAUGGAAAUGACGACUAUCAAUUGCUACGUAGCAGAAUUUUUGGAGGUCUUGGUGAAUGAUGUGGACGACAAUGGCGUGCACAGCGUUACAUUGUUUAAUCGUACAACGAGAGGAGAGUAUUCAAUCAACAGAAAACUUGUAUCGAUGGGUCACGCAUUGCCGAUGAAAUCUAGCUCUUAUGUAUACAACAACAAUGCCGUUACCAACAGGAGGAAACCCCUUCCGGAUGCUUCACUGCUGGUAAACUGUAGAAAUAGAUCGUAUUCGUUUGAUAGUGAAGACUCGUUGAAGUUUGAUGGAAACCAAGCCCAACCCCCAACCGACAAAGAAUAUAAACAUGACACUUCUAAUCAAAAUAAAAGCGAUGCGCCUGGUGUGGAAAUGUCAAUCGUCCGAGUUAUUAGUCCAAAGGAAAUAAUUUUGAAGACGAUCAAUUACAACCCCGCCAAAUUAACGGAACGAAUGAACAAGGAAUAUACGAAAAAAAAUUCUAAGAAAUUGCAAAAAGACCACUGGAAAGAAAAUGAUAAAUGCGCUGUAUUUAUUAAUAGGUUUGGAAAUUGGUAUAGGGGACAAGUCACCAAGAUAGACCAUGUAACUAAAAUAGUAUCUGUUUACUUUUACGAUUUAGACGAAACGAUUGAAUACAAGUCGACUAAAAAUUUGUACGUGCUCGAAGAUAAUAUUUGUAAAGAAAAAUGUGGUAUUAUUCACUGCUCGAUGUACAAACUAUUGCCACUCGGCACAUCAAAUGGCGAGUGGCCGAUGUAUACUUGCGAUCGUCUAUCAGGAGAAUUGAAUAAAUACUCUUCAGUUUAUAUAAACAAAAAAGGUCGAGAAGGCGAUAUAGUUUGGGUAGAGAUUUGGGUUAAAGACUUGAAUAAACCGAAAGCUUUGGAACCAUUGCGCACUUGUUGGAUUAAUAUCAAUAAGUUUAUGUUAAAGGAGGGUUUGGCCAUGUUGGAUAAAAAAAAUAACGAGGUGAGUGUUGUAAAAAAGAAAGCCAAAAAGUUAAAGCGCAAAAAACAAAUUACAGAUUAACUAUGCUAGUUUUUAGUUUGGUUAUGUUUACUGGCUAAAAUGAGUAUUUUUGUUAUUAUCUAUUAAUCUAAGAUAUCUUUUUUUGAAAAUUUCUUGUUACAAACAUUUGUAUUGUAGUUUAUUAAAA